UUUUUUUUUCCUUUUUGUUAUAUUCCAUCUUUGUUGUCUUCUUCUAUCCCCCCUUUUUUUUUUGUUCCUUUCCUUUAUUAUUAUUAUUAUUAUAUAUUUUGUGACAUUAUGGGCAACCCUGACGAAUGGCUUGAAACUGUACGUAAAUGCGAAUAUUUACCAGAACAAGAUAUCAAGAAACUUUGUGAAAUGGUCAAAGAAUUACUCAUGGAAGAAUCUAAUAUUCAACCAGUACAAUCUCCUGUUACAGUAUGUGGUGAUAUUCAUGGUCAAUUUUACGAUCUUCUUGAAUUAUUUCGCGUUGGUGGUGAAGUGCAGGACACAAAUUAUAUCUUUAUGGGCGAUUUUGUUGAUCGUGGCUACUUUAGUUUAGAAACCUUUACUUUAUUGAUGGUAUUAAAAGCAAGAUAUCCGGAAAAGAUCACUUUAUUGAGAGGAAACCACGAAAGUCGACAAAUUACUCAAGUCUAUGGUUUUUAUGAUGAAUGUCAGGCAAAAUAUGGGAAUGCAAAUGUCUGGAAAUAUUGCUGUUCUGUAUUUGAUUACUUGACCUUGGCUGCGAUUAUUGAUGGAUCUAUAUUAUGUGUACAUGGCGGUUUAUCACCUGAUAUCAAAGCAUUGGAUCAAAUUCGUACAAUACAUCGAUUACAAGAAAUUCCACAUGAUGGAUCUUUUUGUGAUUUAAUGUGGUCAGAUCCUGAGGAUAUUGAAUCAUGGUCUGUUAGUCCACGAGGUGCUGGUUGGUUAUUUGGUGGAAGAGUCACAAGUGAAUUCAAUCAUAUCAACAAACUUUCUCUUAUUGCAAGAGCACAUCAAUUGGUACAGGAAGGAUACAAAUAUAUGUUUGAGGAUGAUGCUUUAGUGACAGUUUGGUCUGCUCCAAAUUAUUGUUAUCGGUGUGGUAAUGUGGCUUCUAUCAUGGAGGUACAAAAUGGUGAUUCUGUACAGGGUCGUAAUUUCAAGAUCUUUGAUGCUGUACCUGAUCAAGAACGAUUUGCUCCUUAUGCAGCUGGUCGUGGUGGCGUUGGUGGCAUGAAUUCUAAACUUGGUGGAUCUGGUGGCCAAUAUUUUAUCUAACGGUUGUUGUUACUUGUUUAUAGUUUCUCUCUCUCUCCCUUUUGUUUUGAUUCUUCUCUUUUUCUUUUUCACCAUUUUUAUUUAUAGAGGUGAGUUGAUUUAACUAAUCGUCUUAACUUCUUCAUAUACAUUUUUCUUUUUUGUUGUUUCCCUUCCCUCAUUUUAGUGUAGUCUGUGGAUUAGUCUUUUUCUAUAUACAUACUUCUUCUUUUUAUUAUUAUCUUUACUAUUACUUUUAUUUCUUCUUUAUGUAUUGUAUAGUCUCUUUUUUUUUUUUCUUAAAUAUAUUGUCUUUUCCAAAAUAAAACAUCAGAUUGUUG